AACAAGUCACGAGAACACAACUACCGGUCUUCUCUCUUUCUCUCUCGCUCUUCCUCUAAUUUUUAUUUUCUCUCCGUUUCCGGGAAAAUUUGCAAACUUUUUCCCGGCGUUGGUGGCGGGAAAACGAGGAUUUCCCCUCUUCUAUCUGAACUUUAAAACCCCAAAGCAACAACACAACAAACAAAAUCACCAAAACACAACCACCAGUCCUCUGUUUUUAAUUUUCUCUCUGUUUCCUGGAAAAUCCAGGGAAAAAUUUCCGGGCAGCAGUGGCGGUGGCAGGAAAGAGGAUUCUCCUCUUAUUUCUCUUCUUCGACAUAAACCCCGAUCCGGGUAUCGCUCUUCUUCUCCAAAUAAUCACCAAAGCAACUCUAAUGGCGAUGAAACUGGUCUCGCCGAGUAAACCGGCCGGUUCAAUGACCGAGACGGUGUUACGAAGGGUUUACAGCAACCUCGUGUUAGGCGGCGGAGAUUUUGACCGGAGAAGUCGCCGGAAAAGUCUAGGGGGCGGAGAGAAACAGAACAAGAAGAAGAACAGGAAACAGAGAAUGGAGUUUUGCGAUGAGGAAGAGACGAUGGAGAUGGAGCAGAUGGGAGCGGAGAAGACGAAGACCGUUCUUAUUCUGAUGAGCGAUACCGGCGGCGGCCACCGUGCCUCCGCCGAGGCCAUUCGUGAUGCUUUCAAUAUCCAGUUCGGUGAUGAUUACCGGAUAAUAAUUAAGGACGUGUGGAAGGAAUACACGGGGUGGCCAUUGAACGAUAUGGAGAGACAAUACAAGUUCAUGAUAAAGCAUGUUGGCCUUUGGAAGGUUGCAUUUCAUGGCACAUCUCCCAAAUGGAUUCAUAGCAGCUAUCUCUCCGCUCUCGCCGCUUAUUACGCCAAGGAAAUAGAAACCGGUUUAAUGGAAUACAAACCGGACAUUAUCAUUAGUGUUCAUCCAUUGAUGCAACACAUACCAUUAUGGGUUAUGAAAUGGCAAGGCCUCAAGAAGAAAGUUAUUUUUGUAACAGUCAUCACUGAUCUCAACACUUGCCACCGGUCAUGGUUUCAUCAUAGAGUGAACAGAUGCUAUUGCCCAUCGAAAGAGGUGGCCAAGAGGGCAUUGUUAGAUGGUCUUGAAGAGUCUCAGAUCCGUGUCUUCGGUUUACCAAUCCGACCGUCUUUCGCUCGUGCCGUUCUAUCAAAGGAUGAACUAAGGAAAGAGCUUGAAAUGGAUCCUGAUUUACCGGCCGUUCUAUUGAUGGGAGGCGGUGAAGGGAUGGGUCCGGUUCAGAAAACAGCUGAAGCGCUUGGAGAAUCGUUGUACGAUGCUGAGAACGGGAAACCGAUCGGGCAAUUGAUCAUAAUCUGUGGUCGAAACAAAGUUCUAGCCCUUACAUUAGCAUCCUUGGAAUGGAAGAUUCCGUUUAAGGUUCGUGGAUUCGAGACGCAAAUGGAGAAAUGGAUGGGAGCUUGUGAUUGCAUAAUAACAAAGGCUGGUCCUGGUACGAUAGCGGAAGCGUUGAUCCGAGGCCUCCCGAUCAUACUCAACGACUACAUUCCCGGACAGGAAAAGGGCAAUGUGCCAUAUGUUGUGGACAAUGGAGCAGGAGUUUUCACAAGAAGCCCCAAAGAAACAGCAAAGAUCGUGGCAGAAUGGUUCAGCAACAAGAGAGAUGAGCUGAAGAGGAUGUCGGAAAAUUCACUUAAACUCGCUCAGCCCGAAGCUGUGUUCGAUAUCGUUAAGGAUAUUAACGAUCUCACCCAACAGCAACAACGUAUUCAAAUCCACGAUGACGACGAUUUUUCCUACUGAUAGCUUCUUCUUCUUCUUCAACCUAACUUGCUAUUGUUAAGCUUUGCUCUUUGGUUUUAAGUGUUUCAUGUAUAGUUUUGUAGUGUAAUACUUGGAUUGUCAUUCUUUGGUCACAGGAACAGGGUUUGUGUUUCAAGCAUUUUGUCUAAAUGAUAUGUAAUUUUUUUUUUUUUUUAC